AUGAGUCCAGAUAACAAAACUACCCUAGAUAAUGUCCUUAGAAUGACUGAAAUGAAGGACUCAGAUAAGUACUUAGGAGUCACUUUGUUAAUGGGAAGGGAUAAAACUAAAGCUUUGAAACCUAUUCUUCAGUCUUUUGGUUCUAGGCUCAAAAACUGGAAAGGUAAAACCAUGAAUCACUCUGCUAGAACAACUAUGGUGAAACAUGUGCUAAACACUCUUCCUUCCCACCAAAUGGGUAGUUUUAGAAUACCUAAAACUAUGAUAUCUCAAAUGGAAACUUUACAAAGACAAUUCUGGUGGGGAAAAGAAAAAGGUAUUUUCUUUAUAGGCUGGAAUAAGCUCAUGAUACGUAAAGCUUUGGGAGGCUUAGGUUUUAGGAAUUUAGAACACUUUAAUACUGCUCUUCUAGAUAAAGUAGCUUGGAGAACUUGUAAUGAUGAGGAUUAUCUAUGUUUCACAAUUCUUAAAGCUAAGUAUGCUAAAAAUGAUAACUUUCUGCAUUUAGAAAAACUUCAAGAUGACUGCUCUUGGUUAUGGAGAAGUAUCUACUCUGGAUUAGAGAUCAUUAAACAGCACACAAUUUGGGUUGUUAGAUGUGGUACUAAGAUUAGCAUUUGGCUAGAUUGUUGGGUUAUAGGACUUAAUAGCCCACCUGUUCCGAUUGUAGGAUCAUCUAGUUAUAAUAAUUUUAACUUAGCUUGUGAUUUAUAUUUGCCAGGCACAAGAGAGUGGAAUAUAAACACCAUUAAUACUUUGUUUUCCCAAGAUGUUGUAAACCUGAUCCUAAAUAUGCAGAUUCCAAAUUCUGGAGAAGACUUUAUCAUUUGA